AUCGCAGUCUGUCUCUCAACUCCAAACCGGCAUUGUACUUUUAUCUUCAGCGGCCACACUCCAUACUCGACACCCUCCUCACUCUUGUCGAUCGGCCAUGCUGAGUCUGUUUGACAGUGUCGAAUGAUCGCUGCACCACCUGCGCCAAAAUGGCGUCGAGUUUAGUUGGCGCAACGUUGAACCUCCUCCGUCGACAAGCCGAAGAGAUUGAUCCGGACGAGCCUUCUGAGGCCGGACAGAAAGAGAUAUUCUCAUCAUGGGCGCUGUUCAUUCUGAUCAUGCUGCUCAUUGCGGCUCUGUUUACAAGCUACAUGCUACAGCAGAAGAGAAUUCAGGCAGUUCAUGAGACUGUAAUAUCUAUAUUUGCAGGAAUGGUUGUUGGGCUGGUUAUACGCAUCACACCUGGAAAUGCGAUACAAGAUACUGUCAGCUUUGACUAUCAGUUUUUCUUCAAUCUGUUACUGCCACCCAUCAUUUUGGCUUCGGGUUACGAGUUACAUCAGGCCAAUUUCUUCCGCAACAUCGGUACAAUCUUGACUUUUGCCUUUGCUGGGACCUUCAUCUCAGCAGUAUCACUCGGCCUGAUUUUGUGGCUGUGGACCAGAGUCCCAUUCGAUGGCUUGACCAUCACCUGGGUUGAAGCCAUUUCCGUGGGCGCGACAUUAUCCGCUACAGAUCCCGUCACCAUCCUGGCCAUCUUCAACCUCUACAAAGUCGAGCCGAAGCUGUAUACUGUGAUCUUCGGAGAAUCUAUUCUGAAUGACGCGAUCGCUAUCGUUCUGUUCGAGACCGCACAGCGCUAUAGGGAGGGCGCAUCGGGGAAUCUGAACGUGAUCAGUCUCUUUGAAGCUAUCGGCAUCUUCUUACUUGUGUUCUUCACUAGCUUGUUGAUUGGUGUCAUUGUGGGUGUUGGCACUGCUUUGACCUUGAAAUACACCCUCGUUCGAAGGUUUCCUAAAAUUGAAAGCUGUCUUGUCGUAUUGAUCGCCUAUGCAAGCUAUUUCUUCUCCAAUGGCGUGCACAUGUCAGGCAUUGUGUCCCUCUUAUUUUGUGGCAUCACACUCAAGCAUUACGCCUAUUACAACAUGUCGAGGCGAACACAGCUUACCACCAAGUUUAUCUUCCAGAUCCUUGCACAACUGUCCGAAAAUUUCAUCUUUAUCUAUCUUGGUCUCACCUUAUUCACAGAGACCGACCUCGUCUUCAAACCUUUAUUCAUCCUAGUCACGGUGGUUGGUAUAUGUGCCGCACGGUGGCUAGCCGUCUUCCCUCUGUCCAAGGCAAUCAACUAUAUCAUUCGCCUUCGCGCGAAGAGGAAGGGACGAGACGUCGCUGAAGAGCUUCCUUGGCACUAUCAGGCCAUGCUCUUCUGGGCUGGUCUGCGCGGUGCCGUCGGCGUCGCGCUGGCUGCCGGCCUCCAAGGUAACGAAGGUCCAGCCCUUCGUGCGACAGUUCUUGUCGUGGUGGUGCUCACCGUCAUCAUUUUUGGUGGCACAACAGCACGCAUGCUCGAGAUUCUAGGAAUUCGAACGGGCGUUGUCGAAGAAAUUGAUUCAGACGACGAGUUCGACAUCGAGACCGCCAAUGGCGGCACCUAUUACAAGCGAUCGGGGGCUGCUUUCGGGCACCAUCCUAGACCAUCGAACAUUGGUCUCGAUUAUAUUGAGAACAGUCCUAAUCGCCGGUCGGGCCGUGCAAAUGGCUCGGCUUCCCGUCCACGUUCGGACAGAGGUUACAGUAGCAGCAACGGCGCCUCACCUCCUUUUGACAAGCCCAAACGGGCCGGAAAUCAUCGCAAGAACUCUACUAUCAGUCAGCGUGAGCGAGAGAUUACUGCUCAGCAAGGAAAGCUGCUUGAUCACAAUAGCGGGUCUACCAGCGAUGAUGACGAAGACGCCAUAGAUCUUGAUCUUCCGCCUGCUGCGCCGAGACGGAAGCCAUCCCCUCUGGCAGGAGCCAAUGGCGAUCCUUACGUGCCUGACCCGCGGACAAGGUCUGCUCCAGACAUCAUACUCAACGGUGGCGAGAAUGGCGCAGACGGGGAUAUGGGUGUCGCAGGGUCCACGACCGGUGGAACAUCAACCCCCUCAAAUGGCCCGUUAGCGAGCAGCAGUAUACGCAAUCUUUUGCGUGGAGCGACGGCCGAUCAUACAGCUUGGUUCAGACAAUUGGACGAGGAUUUCAUCAAGCCUCAUCUACUGCUAGACCAACAUCAAGGGCAAGGCAAGGGACCGCCACCCUCGUAAAUGCCUGUGGCCUGGUGUGUGGUCGACGCAUACACAUCGAGGCGGUCAGGUCUCACGUAGAUGUUGAGUGAGACAGUUACGACGAUUACUUGCCCAAGGCUGGCUGGUGGACUGGCUUGCGAGAAGUCUGGCCGGGCGCCGACUAGAAGAAUUACACACAGGCAUCACGAUAAGGCGUCGCGCCCUUUUCUGUGUCUUUGUAAAAAAACACUGAGCUCUUGGUGGCUGUGAUGUGCGAUGUUUCAUGGGUGCGUGCGUGUAUAUAUAUUUAUAGACUUUGUUGUAUGUACCGCCUUCCUUUGCACACGACUACGAGUAUGGGAAAUGAAUC